GCUCAUCCCCUUCUUCUUCUUCUUCUUGUCAUCCAAAACCUGCCGUCUCUACCUUCAACGACCGCCAUGGAUCUCCUCCUCCUGGAGAAGGCCCUCCUGACCCUCUUCGCCGCAGCCGUCGUGGCCAUCGCGGUCUCCAAGCUCCGCGGCAAGCGCUUCCGCCUCCCCCCCGGCCCCCUCCCCGUCCCCGUCUUCGGCAACUGGCUCCAGGUCGGCGACGACCUCAACCACCGCAACCUCACCGACCUCGCCAAGAGGUUCGGCGACAUCCUCCUCCUCCGCAUGGGACAGCGCAACCUUGUCGUCGUCUCCUCCCCCGACCUCGCCAAGGACGUGCUCCACACCCAGGGCGUCGAGUUCGGCUCCCGCACCCGCAACGUCGUCUUCGACAUCUUCACCGGGAAGGGCCAGGACAUGGUGUUCACCGUCUACGGGGAGCACUGGCGGAAGAUGCGCCGGAUCAUGACGGUGCCCUUCUUCACCAACAAGGUGGUCCAGCAGUACCGCCACGGGUGGGAGGCCGAGGCCGCCGCCGUCGUCACCGACGUGAGGAAGAACCCCGCCGCCGCCCGCGAGGGGAUCGUGCUCCGGCGCAGGCUUCAGCUCAUGAUGUACAACAACAUGUACCGGAUCAUGUUCGACCGGCGGUUCGACAGCGAGGACGACCCGCUCUUCGUCAAGCUCAAGGCCCUCAACGGCGAGCGGAGCCGCCUGGCGCAGAGCUUCGACUACAACUACGGCGACUUCAUCCCCAUCCUGAGGCCCUUCCUCAGAGGGUACUUGAAGAUCUGCAAGGAGGUCAAGGAGCGCAGGCUGCAGCUCUUCAAGGACUACUUCGUCGACGAGAGGAAGAAACUGGACAGCGUGAAGCGGAUGGAGAACGACGGGCUCAAGUGCGCGAUGGACCACAUUCUGGAUGCGCAGCAGAAGGGGGAGAUCAAUGAGGACAACGUUCUUUACAUCGUCGAGAACAUCAACGUCGCCGCGAUCGAGACGACGCUCUGGUCGAUCGAGUGGGGCAUCGCGGAGCUCGUGAACCACCCCGAGAUCCAGAGGAAGUUGCGGCAGGAGCUGGACACGGUCCUGGGCCCCGGCGUCCAGAUCACCGAGCCCGAGAUCCACAGGCUGCCGUACCUUCAGGCAGUGGUCAAGGAGACCCUGCGGCUCCGCAUGGCGAUCCCGCUCCUCGUGCCCCACAUGAACCUCCACGACGCCAAGCUCGGGGGAUUCGACAUCCCCGCUGAGAGCAAGAUCCUGGUCAACGCGUGGUGGCUCGCCAACAACCCUGCCCACUGGAAGAAGCCCGAGGAGUUCCGCCCCGAGCGGUUCUUGGAGGAGGAGGCCAAGGUGGAGGCCAACGGGAACGACUUCCGGUACCUCCCCUUCGGGGUGGGCCGGAGGAGCUGCCCCGGGAUCAUCCUGGCCCUGCCCAUCCUCGGCAUCACCAUCGGCCAGUUGGUGCAGAACUUCGAGCUCUUGCCGCCUCCGGGGCAGUCGAAGAUCAACACAGAAGAGAAGGGGGGCCAGUUCAGCUUGCACAUAUUGAAGCACUCCACCAUCGUCCUGAAGCCAAGGUCCUCCUGAAGUUAAUUUCCACGAUGUCUUGACUUCUGGUGGCUGUUGAUGUCAUUUGGAGUGUUUGUUGGGGGAAUUACCAGCUUUUAUCUGAUAAAUUUGUUUAUCAGCACCAAUGUCUUUCUCGUUCUCGAGGAAAAAAAAAAAAGACAACUUUCAAAUGUUAUGAAUAAUUCAUACGCCUUAAUACU